CGCCUCGUCAAAAAACCCCGCAGAGGGGCAGGCGCCAAUCACGUGAUCUGGCACUCACCAGCCACGGGAUGCGCCACAGCAAAAUCGCCGCGAAUGAAAUCCACAACGGAUUCGCCUUUGAAGAAAUCCCAGAAAUUGAGCAGUUGCCGCAUCACACAACCACACAACAUGUCUCGACUCGGGAACAACGCCGACUGGGCCGACGAUGAUGAGUACGAUGAUCCCUCAGCGCUGCCCGCAACCCAAAUCACCGAAAACAAAGACGGCACCAAGACGGUCGUCUCCUACCGUUUCAACGAUGACAACAAGAAAGUGAAGGUCACUCGCAGGAUUAAGGCUACCGUCGUCAGAGAGCACGUCAACCCACAGGUGGCCGAGCGCCGGUCCUGGGCCAAGUUCGGCCUCGAGAAGGGCCACGCGCCCGGCCCCUCCUUCGACACCACCUCCGUUGGUGAGAACAUGAUCUUCCGUCCCAGCACGAACUGGAAGGCUCAGGCUGCUGAGGCCGAGAAGAACCCCGAGCAGGGCUCCAUGAAGGACCAGCUCAAGGACAAGAAGGUCAAGUGUCGUAUUUGCAGCGGCGAGCACUUCACAGCCCGCUGUCCCUUCAAGGACACCAUGGCUCCCGUCGAGGAGCCCACCGGUGGUGCGGAUAUGGGUGUGGACGAUGCUGGCGCUGCUGGUGGUCUGGGUGCUGGCUCCUCCAGCUACGUUCCUCCUCACAUGCGUGGAAAGGCUGGUGCUGCUGGUGGCGAGAAGAUGGGUGGCCGCUUCGAGAAGGACGAUCUGGCUACUCUCAGAGUUACAAACGUCAGCGAGCUGGCAGAGGAACAAGAGUUGCGGGAUCUCUUCGAGCGGUUCGGUCGUGUCACCAGAGUUUUCCUUGCCCGGGACCGCGAAACCCAGCGGGCCAAGGGCUUUGCUUUCAUCAGCUAUGCGGAUCGGGGCGAUGCUGCUCGCGCUUGCGAGAAAAUGGACGGCUUCGGUUACCGCCACCUUAUUCUCCGCGUCGAGUUCGCCAAGCGCACUACUUAGAUUCGCUUCUCGUUUUCCCUUUCACGACACAUUUUUUUCUGGCUGGAUUCUCUUUUCUUUUUAUCUUUCAGGCGGCCCUAGCUCUAUGCUGAAGCUCUUUCCUUUGAAAUGUAUGAUUGAUUGAUAAUGAUGAUUACCAAAAAGACACCCACCAUGUCAGUUACUUGCAUUCGUCAGUCUAUACAAAAGCAAUGGUUUAGAGAUUCUCGCAUGGU